AUGGCCUGUGUUGGCCCGAGCAUAGACAUCGAACCCCUCCUGCUCUGGGAGAGUGCGGCCCUCCGUGCAUGGACGCACCGGCUCUCUUCGCGGAACCCCCAGACGUGCGUGCUCCCCCGGAAAAUUAAAGACAUGCAGUACCUUCGGUCGCUCCUCGGCUUGAUGCUCGUACUUGCGCAGGUCCGCGCGAUCUCGGGAUUUGUCGGCCGCUCCCACGUCCGCGGCGAAGACGAGCAUGCGGCCAUCGAGGCACGCGCCGCCGCAGACAAGACGGUCACGGACACGACGACCGUCAGCGUCGUCCUCACCCGCUCGGUCGCGGUCUCGGUCUCCGUCACGGACACCGUCACCGUCUCCGAGUCGGGUUCGCAGUCGGCGUCGGAGCCUGCGCACACGCCCACGCCCACACAGCCCGCCUCCCUCCCUGCGGCGCACACGACGGCGGCGACCUCGCCCCGGGACACCACCACGGACCUCGGACGUGCAACCACGUCUGUUACGGUCGCGGCUGACUCUUCCGGUACCGCCGCCGCGACAUCUGCGGACCCCGUCCGCUCCUCCUCGGCGACGGUCUCCGAGCCCGAGGACUCUGCGACAGGCGCGGUGCAGACCACCUCGCGCGCGUCCGCGUCCGCGCAGAGCACGAGCACGCUCGCGCCCCUCCCGUCCGCCGCGUCUGGCUCCGCGCACGCGAGCUCGGCAAGCUCUGCAGCGGCCAGCGCGUCCGGCCUCCAUGCGGCCUCCUCUGCCGCCGCCGCGGGCUCGAGCACGAGCGCGAAUACGGCGGCGACGGUCGUCGCUCCGCUCUCGAGCACCGCGCAGGGCGGGCCUGUGCUCCCGAGCGGGGCGACGUUCCACGGCAACGGCGCGGCACGGGUCUCCGCGGUCGGGGCUGGUUUCGGUCUCGUGCUGGGGGCGGUUGCGUGGGGCUGGUGA